CAUAAAUACUAAACAAUCCUUGUAUAAUUCACCGUCAAGGUUACAAAACAAAAAUAUUCCUGUUAGUUUUUAUGAGAAUCAUAAAGUGAAUAGUGAAUCAUUAUUUAUUGUAUUUUUGUGCAAUUAGAAAUUAGAUUAGCCCUUCCGUCUACCGAUUCAUAGUUUGAAAAAUUUAAAUAUCUGUUUUAGAAACUGAUAAGACAUAAUAUAUAAAAAUGGUCAAUUAUUUGUUAUCGCUGUAUAUCCUCGGGAUUAUUAUUAACAACAGUUCGACUUGAAUCAUAGUUCCGCGAUGUGUUGAUGUGUUUAUUUUUAGCGAUCGCCAAUGCAUUGAACAAUGAAUUUAGUACAAUCAAAAGUAUUUUCUGUGCUAAGUAUUGGCGUCACCAGUUUCUUAGCGGGUGUUAUUCCGAACUGCUUUGCUCAUCAAGGUAGAAGUCGAUGGCCCUUAAUACUUUCAAGCCUACUAUGUUUUGGUGGCGGAGUACUUCUAGCGACGUCCUUGGUGCAUAUCUUACCGGAACUUAGAGCUUCUUUACCAGAACAUGUUCAAAAAUUUGCAGAAUUGUUCUACUGUGCCGGCUUUUUUAUUUUGUACAUAAUCGAUGAAAUAAUACAUUACGCAUAUGGCAAUUCAGAAGAUGAAGCAGCUAGUAUUUUACAUAGUCACGGCCAUAACGAUAGCAGAAGAAACUCAUAUGGCGCUAUUAGAAAUGAAACACAAGCAUCAAGGCAGUUAAGUGCGCAAUCAUUUUCACAAACUCAAAGUGAUAGUGUUUUUUUUAAUGAACAAAUUGCUGCAGAAUUAAGUAUUAACAGUCAACCAGAAUCUUCGACCUCUCAUACUACAAAUAUAGGACUGCUAGUUGCUUUGUCCGUUCACGCAUUAUUAGAAGGAUUAGUUGUUGGAUUAGAAGCGGAACCUGCAAAGGUAUUAUUACUCUUAGGGGCAAUAUGCUGCCAUAAGUUGGUGGUUUCCUUUUGCCUAGGCGUGCAGCUUGCAUCAAGUCCCUUCAUUUCAUUGCAACGACAUUUUUCCUAUAUGCUUAUUUUCUCUUGUGGAUCAUCAGUUGGAAUACUAGUGGGUAUGGCAGUAUCAACUAUCCACAGCAGCGUCACAAGUUAUGUGAUUCCCAUAUUAGAGGCCCUUGCAGGAGGAACCUUGUUGUAUGUGACAUUGAGCGAAAUCCUUCCAAAAGAAAGAACAAAAUGGCAUCAACAGCAUGAAAAAGAACUUGCUGGAAUAUUUCAACUUGUCUCAGUAGCUCUUGGUUUUACGUUUAUGACUGUUUUAAUCUACUACUUUGUAGAUUAGAUUAGACGUAUUUUGGAUUAUGAAGAUCUUAGAAGACUCGAAGACAUAAUUAUGUUUAAAAAAACUGUUACGUAACAUACUAUUUUUUAUAAGACUGUACACGUAGACAAUCUUGCUAUUAGAUUAUAAGAAUUUUAUAACUGCGGCAUAUUUAUUUAAUAAAUGGAACUUUUAAGAUGUACUUCUCAUCGAUAUUUACAUUCAGAUGUGCCUGGUAUUUUAAAAAUAUGGCAGUCACCCAGUUGAAGUUAUCAUCGGCAUGUAUCGGCAGACUUAUGCAUCCUUCGGGUAAGAUAUAACAAUAUUUGCCUAAGCGACCGAAACCAUAAAGUAGUUUAUCAGAAAAAAAUCACGUUUCAACCGCCCAGUGGUUUAUAUUUGUGUAGAUAAGUAUAUUUUAUUUUUAAACCAGUUAAAUCAGAUUUUGCAAAACAAGAAUAUUUUUAGUAUAACCGUAACAGCGUUCAGUUAAAUUCAAAUAGAGAACUGCAAGUGAGUUUGGUUGUGACUUCAUCAGUGUUCUUUCGAAACUUCUUUUACCAUUUUACGAAGAUACUUUUAAAAUGUGGCGUCCGCAGUGUGAUAAUAAUUCUACAGCUGAAGAGCCAAUGCAAUGUUAAUGAAGGACUGUGUUCUGAGUUGUCUAACUCAGAGGCAAUUGCAGAAACAUGUUUUUUUUAACCAGAGUGUCCAAAGCAAUCUGCUACAAGAUUAUAGGAAGAACAUCUUCUUCUAGACAGAGGAGAAAGGAUUGUGGCAAAUUCAGACAAAUAGAACCGCACUUAAUUGAACCUAUAACCAGAACAAGAUACAAAAUAUACGCCGCUAAUAUUUUUCCAACUAUUGAAAGCCUUUGAAGUGAAUUGGUUCAAAAGGACAUUAUCUCAUGUGCAGCAACAACACUUCGAUUAUUUAGUUAAACCAAUAAUUUUAAGUACAAAACUGUAGAAAAACGCCAGGCAUUUGGCUUUUUGAAUCAUGGUUUGAAAAAUCUCCUUCCGAAAUUACCUAAAUGUAGUGUGUGUGUCAUGAACAACGCUUCAUGCAUCAUACCAUUCAGGAUUAAUGAGAAAUAUUCUAAAUAUAACUUGAAACAAAUUACAAAUUCAGGAAUUUUUAUUUGAGGAAGAUUUGUAUUUUGAGGCAUCAUAUAGUAAAAAGCAAUUAAACCGUAAAAUAGUUUCGAAACACAAUUCAGAUUUCCGCUUUUAUCUGUGCUUUCUAAAAAUUGCAAAGCAAAACAGACGUUGAUAAAGGUGUUAAAAGAGACGUGGGGAAUCUAAAAUUUGCAUUCCACGAUAUAUCUUUUCAACUAAGCAGAAAUCCUUAGCGAAUUGGUUUCUUGUACUCGUACAGAGUAAAUCCGAAUAAAGUGAAAAAGACGGCAAAUAUUUGAUUUCACUCAAACAGCGCCUUUGUAUUAUUUGAUACGUAUUUCGGCCUAAUACCUAAAAAGAGGCAGUGGCAAAACUGGAAAAUACUUUCUCAAACUCAAAUAUUUAAGAAACACCUAAUAGACAUGCUAAAGAAACACAGAUACGAGCCAGUUGAAAAGAUGAUGAGCACGCCACUAUGUGUGUGUGUGUGUGUGUGUGUGUGUGUGUGUGUGUGUGUGUGUGUGUGUGUGUGUGUGUGUGUGUGUGUGUUUUAUCUCAAUAUUCAAGACUCCUUCGGAGAUGAUAAACACCCACGCCGAGAAUCUCUAAGUGUUUACGUUAUUAUCAAGAACUAUGAGAGGUUUUUUUAGAUAUAGUUUGUAUUUCCCAAGUUAGUAUAGUUUUAUACCCUAAACUGUAAACAUCUAAAUAAAUUCGUGUAUUUCCUUCAGUUUCGUUUCGUUAUUUAAUUCUCCAACGAACACAUACCAUUUUAUAAAAAAUAAAAGUGGUGCAGUCAGUAGGAUAUCCAAUUAGAAAAAGUAAAGCUUUUUUUUAAUCGAUUUUAAUCGUUAAUUGGAAAAUUGGAGAAUUAGUGACUUAGUAUUUGAGUUCCGAGUCUAAGGCCAUGAGGAAGGAAAACUGAAGGAACCCCUAAGCAACAUCAAUCAUGAAAACUUAAUCAUGAAAAUUUUAAAAUAUUUGAAGCGUUUAUUUGAAAAACAACACUUGUCCAAAAAUUAAAAUUUUGGCAAAUCAAGAAAAACUGCCUAGCUUCAAUUUAUUUCAAAUCUUACCUUUACUAAGAUAUUCAUUGGAAGGAAUGUGGCUAUCAAAAUAAUUGUACAAGUUGAUUUCAUAAUUUUAUUGAUAUUUUAAACAAAAAUCGGUAGAAACUUAGCAAAAUAUAUUGGAAAAUGAACAUAACAUAUAAUAUCCUCGUAGAAAUAACAAACAAUUCUAUGAUGUCUAUUCGCUACCACUGCUAUUAUCAUCACUAAAUAGUUCUACGACUGGAGUAUUGUCCUCGGUUUCCCCUGAUUCUGGUUCUAGAUUAAAAUAAAAUUCUUUAUUAAGAGGGUUUUUGAGAUAUUUAGUUAACUCCAUUAGAUCGCGAAACUUUGGUUGACUUAUUUUCUUUUUCGCGUUAUUUGGUAUCAGAGUUAUUUGUUUUGGUGUUGUUUUUUCAGUAAUGGUGUGGAACGUCCAUGGGCCGUGAUAAGUUUGACGUAUUAAAACUUGUCCAGGAUACUUCUCAGAUAUUCGGUACAUUCUUGCUGGUUUCAAUGAAAUUUUUGGUUUUGGAUUCUUUAAAAAUAGAUCCUUAAAACUUUCAUCCAUAAGAAACCAGUCAGUUUCUUUCCCAGCAUUAACCACUUUAAAUGGAGGAGGUUUAGACCUUGACUGCCGAAUAAGAUCAUCCCAUUCUGGAACAUCAACAACUACUUUUUUUGCACGAGAAAUAAGACUAAAUUCACUAUCGCACGGUAGGUAUGAAUGUCCUCGUAUUGGGUAUACGUGUGUUAUCUCUGAUGCUAAUUUCAAUACGUGCACCAGGAUAUAUGAAAAGCGGAUAAAGAUAUAGUUUUUGUUCUGACCCGGGCAACCAUCAGAGAAAAACCAUAUUUCAUAAAUUUCAGCGAGUAUAAUAUGAUCUUUUAGAUAAUGAAAUAUCAUGGAAGUUACUUCAUUUUGACCACGUUUAGCCAUUCCUUCGUAAUAGGUAUACAUAUGGACAUCAUUGCCUCCAAUGUCGUGUACACCAAAUACAUAGUACCAAAGUUGUCUGCUAUAGAAAACCUUAUUUGUAGUCAAAUUGGGUAGUGGAAGAUUUUGCAUAAAGUCAAAGGCUAUUGCAGAUACAUUAUUAAGAUGCUGACAUUUAUGUUUAAUUUUUCGUUUUAUAUCAUAAAAUGCAUUUGCUUUAGCGUGAUGAAGGUUUCUCACUUGAAGCAGUUCCUUUCUUCUCGAUUCAUCGAUAUUCGGUAGUUUGAGUUGGGUUUCAGUUUCAUUACAUAAUGUACAAGUGUCACACCUGGGGUAGAAAAAAGAUAUGUUAAAUCGUGUUUGAAAUAUGUUAUGAUAAACAAAGCAAGAAACCUUGGACUGUGGGUGAAGUUCUUUAAAUGCUCUGUACAUAUUUUUUACAUUUAACUCUGAUGGUAGAUAAAUUUUCUUUUUGUCCAGUCUCCGUGUAUAAUGACUUUGGCGGCCUUUGAAUGAAGAAAUGUGAGCAAUUAUGUUUUCUAUAUCAGCAGGGUGUGUCUUCUUAGGCCUAUUUGUAUGCUUGCCCCGGGCAUCUUUUGGAGAACAUCUACUCAUUGCUAAGCUAUUUCUAAUUCGACGGAUCUGCAUUUCAGUAACACCGAAAAUACUACGAAGAGCUUUGGCACACAUACUUACGUCUUUUACUGGUAGUCGAAUUUUAUACAUAAAAGAAGCUACAUGUGGUGGACCCUGUUGAUGUCGAACUUUGUUUGUGUCUUCAUUUCUACUAUCACUAGUCGUACUGUGGUUAGGUAAGGCGGCUUGUGAAAUACGACUGCGUCGUCUCUGGACAGGAGUAACACUAAUGAGGCUUGAUAAAUAUGAAUCCUGUUCAUCUUUGGUCUUCAUAUUAUUAAACAUAUUCAGUAAGUCAGAACGUUGUUCCUGUGUUAUUACAUAGAAGCAUCGGUAACGUUUAUACCUACAACCAAGAUUGAAGUUAUAAGCAUUGAGAAAACAACUUGUUAUUAUCGAAAAACUUACAUACAGUCAUUUCCUGUUGUUCGUGCUAAAACAUCCUUAUCACCUUUAUGUGUUUUGUGAGCAACUCCAUGUAUUUUAGCUUGCUUUAUGGUUUCCCUUCGAUAAACUUUUCUUUUCCGUUUUCGUGGUUGAUCUGUAGUUCGAAUUUCACAAAUACUAUCAUCUAUAAUAUUAAAUAUAUUGUGUUGAACAGUAGUUUCCGCCAUGCUGCUAAUAAGAAACAAACAUCACCUGUUCAAAGAAAGCACACAACUGAUAAAUUAUUUAUAGACAAGAUCAUUCACGCUUAGCGGUGACCGUUGAGAAAGAAGGGACAAGUGUUGCUUUUAUAAUAAACCGCAUGGACAUCUGUUGUUUUUCUAAAAUGAUCCGAAUUUUCUAUGUAGUUUACUCCGGACAUCUGGGAUUUUUACACAACUGAGUGUGUGAGAUCGAUAAAGAAACUAAUAUUCUAUGCAAACAACAUAUAAAGUCAAAUUUGCAAAAAAAUGGACAUGUGUUGUUUUUCAAAUAAACGCUUCAUUUGGUAUAUAUUAAUAACGAACCAAUUCAAGUUACAAAGAGCGUAAACUUUAAGUUAUUUUCGGGUGUUCAAAAAUUCUAUAUAGUAGACAUAAAUUCUCCUUUUGAUGGAAUACUUGGUUAUGAUUUUUUAGAAAAGAAUAAAUGUGUUAUUGACUUU